AUGUGGGAAGAUGACGAUCAUUUAUGCCGACUAUUGGCGGAUAGUUUGGCUAACCCUGUGGGGUUUCUGCCUGUCCAAAGGUUGAACAGACGAGUUGACGAUAUUUUGUCAAACAUUCAUCAUUUUGGGACAAAUGUAGAAGUGAUUCAGACUGGGAGCUGGGCGGAAGGUUUUAGAAUGAAUGGAACAGACGUUGAUAGAAUGUAUGUAGAUAAAACUGCAUUGGUGUCAGAGACACCGGAUAGGAUUCCUAACCGAUUUUGUUCUAUCAAAAUGGUAACAUCAGGCAACAUACCUAAAGGAUACGUAAAGCUAAUCUUGUUGACUCCAAACAAAGCAGAGCAACACAUACAACUUGCUGUGAUAUCUGAAGGAGGAAACGCGUGUAUUUCAAGUAAAAGUUACGUAACAUCUUAUGUACAAAGAAAUGAAGAAAUACACGGACCUUGUGUAAGAAGGGUGUCACAACAGGGGACAGAACAAGAUGACGCACAUUGCCUGAGGUGUGCACACUGGCCGUCCGAUGCCAUGGAAUGGCGUGACAGAAGAAGAUCGCAUGGAUGGCCAGACCACGACAUGGUCAAAGAAAUAUCCAAAAAGGGAUGUUAUGUUGUUCCAAUUGGUCCUAAAUGUAUUGACGGAAGUGGAUGUUGGUCAUUUAACUCGAUGUUGUGGAGAUUGUCCUUUUCAGUUGUAGAAAAACGAUUAGUAUAUACAUUUAAUGAUACGCAGUUCCUGGUGUACGGAAUUUUCAAACUGUUGGUCAAAGAGGCAUUUAGAGAAACCCGUGAUGUUUUGUGUUCAUAUUUCAUGAAAACACUUAUGUUUUGGAGUAUCGAAGAAACGCCAAGAGAACUGUGGAAGCAAGAGAGAUUAAUUUCGUGCAUUAAAGUCUGUCUCAGACGACUGAUUAUGUGGGUAUCAGACGGCUUUUGUCCCAAUUAUUUUGUCAGAGAACACAAUAUGUUUCAUGGCAAAUUAGAUGAAAUAGACCGCGAAUCUCUUUUCAUCCAUUUGUCAGAACUGUAUGGCGAGGGCUGGAGGUGCCUUUUGAGAUGUCCGUCAUUAGGCAAUCUCAAGGACGCUCUUCAGAGGAGUAGGUGUCGAAUCCUGGAAAUGCCCAACAAUGCAGUUGACCCCGAUGAGGAUUUUAGAGGAUUGUCGUUACAGAGGAGGAAUGAUUCGAAUACUUUUACGGAAGACAUCGAAGAUCAAGCGUUCUUCAGUCAACUGGAAGGCAUCGUGCAAAGUCAUCCAAAUUUUAGAAGUCUUGAAAAUGAAUUGUACAAUACAGUUGCCCUUUUACUUGAAAAGGAAACGCAACUUGAUUAUUUAAUGCACGACACUGUGACACUUUAUCAACAAAAAACUUUACAGCACAUAGCCAUGAUUUUUCUGUACAAAGCUUUGAAUGAUACCCGCAGAUGUGCACGUUAUCGGUACGGACAAGUCAAACGAGCACUUGACUUGAUGGAACUGACAAGUUCAGCAGAUUUAACCAGAGGAAGACUAACUCUAGCAACCGCUUACUAUUGCAUGGGAUACUACACCAAGGCUUUGAAAAUUAUUCGGGAAUGUGAAAACGCUUUCGAAGAAAACCAAGCCGUUCUUUAUAUAAGCUCACGGUAUCCAAAUCAAAUCGGUGAAGAAUACGUGGCCUUUUUUUGCAAUGGGAGUUUAUCUCGAGUUGAAAAAGCCUCAAUGGGUGUUUCAUACGAUUUUGAAGUCUUUCGGACCAUGCCAAUUCUUCCAAAGGAAAUAAUGUUACAGAUCCUUCUCGUAAGGCAAUCCGGCACCAUCCUUUCCUUCCCCCCACGCCCAUACGCAUUAUUCCUAAAGGCACUGUGUUUUGCCGAGAGCCACAACAAAUCUACUGUGAAAAUGUUGAGAAGAAAAUUAUCAGACAUUCUUCCAUUGUAUCCAGAAGCAUUCCAUCUCCUGUACAUCAUGUUAGCCGUGUGUGAUGCAAAAUUAGACCGAUAUGAUAAAGCUAUUCAGAACUAUUAUUUUGCAUACUGGCAUAAAAAAUACAUGACAUGGAGAAAAGAAUAUUGUUCUGAGAGGAAUUCGUUGAAUUCUCCGCUGUUGUACGUGGCAUUAAUGCUUAGACUUCUUAUCUGA